CAGUGUUACGUCAAGUUUUUCUCAAUCUAUUGUAUUCUUACUUGCGUAAAUACAUAUAUUUAUACAUAUACAUAUUACAUACAUUUAUUGUUACACGAGACACUGUAAAAUUUGUAAGAAAAAAAAAGAAACCGAGUAUUUUAACGAUGUAUCGUAAUAUUGAAAAUAGUGUAUAUAAUAUCUACAUAUAUACUACUGUAAUCAGAAUGAUUAAAGUUGUUCAGUAAGGUAUAUAGAAGGUUAUAAAUAAUUCAGUUUGAAGCAGAAGUGAAAUUUAUUUCAACAGUGAAUCUGUUGAAAAUUCUUUUACAAUUACCUAUUUACAUACAUAACAGUACAAUUUCAAAUGCAAUGAAAAUAAACGAGAAAAACAUGGUAGCUUUCGCGACAUCGGCAACACCAGUAGAUCGUGAAGGUUGGUUAAACAAACGUGGUGAAUUAAAUCGUGGCUAUCAAAGAAGAUGGUUUGUUCUUAAAGGAAAUAUAUUAUUUUAUUUCGAUCGACGCGGUGACAAGGAGCCUGUAGGUAUGAUAGUCCUCGAAGGUUGUACUAUCGAACUAGCAGAAGACGAAGAACAAUUUGGUUUUCAAAUUGUAUUUCAUGGACCAAAUAACAGAAAUUAUGCCCUUGCAGCAGAAUCUCAGGUAAAGGAAUCUAUGGAACAGUGGAUGAAAGCUUUGGCAUGUGCAAGUUACGAUUACAUGAAAUUAAUGGUAGCAGAAUUGCAAAGACAAUUGGAUGCUGCAGAGGAGGAGACAACAAUGGUUACCGCGCCCUCUCAGUCCCCUAAAGCACCACCAAGACAACGGCAUAAUCCUUUUAACAGAUCAGAAAUGCAUCAUCGUUCGCAAAGCGUCAGAUCUGCACCUGGUAGGACAGAAAAUAUUCCAAGGACGAAGAUAACGUUUCGCGAAUUGCAUACUAUGUACGGUAGAAGAAUUUUAGCCGAUUUAAACGAAUGGAGACAUACGAGAAAAGCUGCAGAGGCUCCGUUGAUUAGUUUUUAACGAUGCCUCGUUUUUACGAUCUGUAAAUAUUUAACGAGUUGGUACUUAUUGAACAUUAUUCGAACGUAUCAUUUAUUUUUGUAACGGAAAAAACUUACAAUUGGAAUGUAACAAAAUAUUUCUGAUAGUUAUUAAAACGUUAGAAAUGAUUACGAUUAUAAAUACAUACAAUACAAUGAAAUGAAAUGAAACGAAUAAGAUAGAGUCGUCAGUCAUUUGUACACAAAGUACGUUUACGUUUGUAGCUGGAAAUGUGUGAUUAUAAGUUAAAAUAAUUAUGUACAAAUAUUUUAAGACAUUAGAAAGACAUAAUUAUUUAAUUGUAAGAAAGACAAAAUGAAUAGAGAAAUGGAACACAUAGUGGUUAGCAUUAUUUCGGUUAUUAUCGAAUGAUGCGUAUCUAUAAGUGCAAGAUACAUGAAAAGAUACAGUAUAUUCGGUCGGUAUACAAUUUAGGUUCCAGUUAAAUAGAUGACGCGAAUUAUACGAAAUUGCAAAUGUUAGUUUGCUUUAGCAACUAAAUGCGCACCAAUACCAUCUUUUGUAUUAAAUAUUUUAUUACAAUACUGAUUGUUUGUGUAAAUGAAAAAUAUAUCAAGGUAGAGAAACA